GCAGGCGGCGGGGUGGGAAGGACGCUGGCGGAAGUGAGCGCCGGCAGGAAGCUCAUUCGGAAUCCCUGCGUCCAGAGGUCCAGGCGGGGCUCCGGCCUUGGCACUGGGCGCGCUCCCCUCGGCGGGUCCUUCCUCAGCUCCGCAGUCGGGCCCCGUGCAGCCGCUUCCAACAGCAUGGGCGACAGCAAGGAGAUCCGCAUCCUGCGCCACGUGCAGCAGCACGCUCAGCGCGGGGACCCGCAGAGCGUGCUGCAGGCCAUCGACGCCUUCUGCUCGCAGGAGCGAACCAUGAUUGUGGGCAAAAAGAAAGGAGAGAUCUUGGAUGCAGUGAUACAGGAGUACCGCCCCUCCCUGCUGCUGGAGCUGGGGGCCUACUGUGGCUACUCGGCUGUGCGCAUGGCCCGCCUGCUGCCCCCGGGCGGGCGGCUGUUCACCAUGGAGAUCAACCCUGACUUUGCUGCCAUCACCCAGCAGAUGCUGGACUUUGCCGGCCUGCAGGACAAGGUCACUGUGCUGCUGGGGGCGUCCCAGGACCUCAUCCCCCAGCUGAAGCAGCAGCAUGACGUGGACACCCUGGACAUGGUGUUCCUGGACCACUGGAAGGAGCGCUACCUGCCGGACACACUGCUCCUGGAGCAGUGUGGCCUGUUACGGAAGGGGACAGUGCUGCUGGCUGACAACGUCAUCUGUCCAGGGGCCCCAGACUUCCUGGCGCACGUGCGUGGAAGCAGCAGCUUUGAGUGCACCCACUACAGUGCCAUGUUGGAACACAUCCAGGUGGUGGAUGGGCUGGAGAAGGCCAUCUAUGUGGGCCCAGGCAGCCCAGCGUGACCUCGACCCUGCACCCUGCCUGGGUCCCUCCGACAAGCUGGCCCCUGCCAACCCCGCUUCUGUUACUGCUGCCUGGGGUAUCUGCCUUCAAGUGCCAGGCAUACUUAGUGCCUGAAAGUCCUGGGCCCUGGCCACACCUGCCUCCCUAUGCUAUCUGUGGCUUUUGGCACCUACCAACCAUGCCUUGUCCCCAAGUCCUCCAGGUUCCUGCCAGCAGGUGGCAGCAGAGUGCCUCAGCCAUAGCUCCACUUUCCAGCCCUGUCUGCACCUCUGAUACAAUGAG